GGAUGUGGGGGGAGCUUGGGGCGUGCGGGAGGAGCGGGGAGGCCCCGCCCGAGAGCCGGCCGGGCGGCGGGGCCGCGCUCGGAGGGGCUGCGGGGCCGCCCCGCUGCCCGCGUCCCGUGCUCGGCGCUGCGCUCACGCCCUCCCGUCUCCCCCCCGGCAGGUCCCGGCGAGGAGUGCGGCUGAGAGAGGCUCGGCUCGGCUCGGCUCUCCUGCCUGCCCCCGCCAUGGAGACGGAGGGCCUGGAGUGGCUGCUGGUGCCCGUGCGGCAGCUGGUGGCCUGGGGCGCCGCCGGGGCCAUGGUGUUUGGCGGCGUGGUGCCCUACAUCCCGCAGUACCGGGACAUCCGCCGCACGCAGAACGCCGAGGGCUUCUCCACCUACGUGUGCCUGGUGCUGCUGGUGGCCAACAUCCUGCGGAUACUCUUCUGGUUUGGAAGGCGUUUUGAAUCCCCUCUUUUGUGGCAAAGCAUUAUCAUGAUCAUUACUAUGUUACUGAUGCUGAAACUGUGCACUGAAGUUCGUGUGUCCAACGACCUAAACAUAAAACGCCGCUCUUUUGCAGCUGCAGAUAGUAAGGAUGAAGAAAUUAAAGCACCUCCCAAGAGAUCCUAUCUGGAUUUUGACUUGAACUAUUUUUGGCAUUGGAGCAAGUUUACAGACUACGUGCAGUGUGUCCUGACCUUCACUGGUGUCACCGGUUACAUCACUUACCUCUGGCUUGACUCAUCUCUGUUCGUGGAAACACUGGGCUUCCUUGCAGUGUUCACUGAGGCUAUGUUAGGUGUUCCUCAGCUCUACCGUAACUACCAGAAUAGGUCUACAGAAGGAAUGAGUGUCAAGAUGGUGCUGAUGUGGACGAGCGGGGACACCUUCAAGACUGUUUACUUUAUCUUGAACCAGGCCCCUUUACAGUUCUCCAUCUGUGGACUCCUGCAGGUCUUCGUGGACAUCGCUAUCCUGCUGCAGGUUUACUUGUACAGCUCCUACCCUCAGAAGCCCACCUCCCACACGGCGCACCCUGCCAGCACCAAGGCCCUGUGAGGCGCUGGGCAGGACAGGCUGCAGGUCAGUGGCGCUGCAGGGUCAGCCACGGCACCUCCUCUUCCACUUGUAAAUACUCCUGCAUUGCUGAGCUGAAAGCAGAAAAGAGAACAAGGAAUCGAAAGCCUGGUUGCACUUCCAGCUCUGGGGU